AUGGAGAAUAAUUCUCCACCUUCAGGUGGUGCUCCUCCACCAAAACCAUGGGAAAGAGUUGGUUCUUCAUCCGGAGCUGCACCAUUUAAGCCACCUUCUGCUGGUAACACAAGUGACGUAGUAGAAGCUUCUGGAACAGCUCAACCUGGUGAAGUUAUUUCAACUGCUGAUAGGAACACAACCAUUAAUAGGAACACCCUGGGGAGGCCUGUGCCUACCAGGCCUUGGGAACAACAGACAUAUGGAAACAGCUAUGGAGGCUACGGAUCAGGUUUAACUUACAAUUCCGGAUAUGGAAGUGGGAUGUAUGGGUCCUAUGGGGGACUUGGAGGGUCAUAUGGCGGCGGAUUGUAUGGAAAUAACAUGUACAGAGGAGGUUAUGGUGGACUUUAUGGAGGUGGCGGCAUGUAUGGUGGGGGAAUGUACGGUGGUGGUGGUGGUUAUGGAGGCCCAAUGGGAGGCUAUGGGAUGGGCUUGGGAGGCCCUUUUGGUGAGCAGGAUCCCAAUAAUCCCAAUAAUCCCUAUGGACCUCCUCCUUCUCCACCGAGUUUUUGGGUUUCGUUAAUGCGAGUGAUGCAAGGUGUGGUAACUUUUUUUGGACGAGUUGCAAUCUUGAUCGACCAGAAUACGCAAGCAUUCCAUAUGUUUAUGACUGCUCUUCUUCAGCUAUUUGAUCGGUCGGGUAUGCUAUAUGGAGAGCUUGCAAGAUUUGUCCUUAGACUGUUGGGAGUCCGAACAAAAGCCACGAAAGUUCAUCCUCCCGGCUUUGAAGGCCAGCGUGGGCCCCACAACUUGCCAGGAGCUCAAAACUACAUCGAGGGGCCCAAGGCUGCUCCAAAUGGCGGUGGCUGGGAUAAUGUUUGGGGUGGCGAAAGCGAUGCUAAGUGA